AGUGCAGAACAGGGGCUAUUUUUGGCCAGAGGAGAGGAUCAUCAGUAGAUAAACUACGCACCUAACUUGGCUCUUUCACGGGCAUUCUCCCCAGCUGAUCAUUUCCACAAAAAGAAGAUCAUCACAUUGUUUCUUUUAUGAAUCUGGCAAAUUAUUCUUACUUCUCUGGCAUGUGCAACAUGACCGCAGAGACGCAGCACUCGCCCGCCGAGGCGAGUCCUGUUGUCAUGUCUCCAAAUGUCAGCCUGGACUCGCCGCUGCCUCCGCCGCCUCUCAUGCUGCAGGCCCGCUCCAAGGACAAUGUGUUGAUCAAGUCUGAGCCCCGGGGGAACAGUCCCAACACGGAGGAUGGAGCCGCUCUGGGGCAGACUGAGGAGCACCUGCCCACCGGGAGCCGCCGGAGGAAGAGGCCCGUCCAGAGGGGGAAGCCUCCCUACAGCUACAUCGCUCUCAUCGCCAUGGCCAUCGCCAACUCCCCCGAGAGGAAGCUCACCCUGGGGGGCAUUUAUAAGUUCAUCAUGGAGCGCUUUCCUUUCUACAGGGAGAACUCCAAGAAGUGGCAGAACUCCAUCCGCCACAACCUCACCCUCAACGACUGUUUUGUGAAGAUCCCCCGGGAGCCCGGCAGACCAGGUAAAGGCAACUACUGGACGUUAGACCCCGCAGCUGAGGACAUGUUUGACAACGGGAGCUUCCUGAGGAGGAGGAAAAGGUUCAAGCGCACAGAUGUGAGCACCUACCCCGGGUACAUGCAGAGCUCAAGCGCGUUUACACCAACCCCAAUGGGCAGGCCCUCGUACCCAAACACCCUGUACGCAGGGAUAGGCUCCGGUUAUGGCUCCCAGCUGACUGCAACAUCCCCGCAUCCGGCCAUGCUGCAUCACUACCAGACCUCCGCCGGGGUCGGCCAAGGACAGCCGCGCAUGUUCAGCAUCGACAACAUCAUCAGCCAGCAGACGGUGGUGCAGAGCGGCCCGGGGGGAGACCUCAACUCGCAGGCGCUGGGGCUGGGCGGAGGUGACCUGGGCACCAUGACCUCCAGCUGCUCGGUCACCGGCACCGACCCGUCUGCGUGCUUCCAGACCCAGACUGUGAACCCGUCUGCGAACAUGCUGAGCAGAAACAGCGGGAAUCUGUCAUCCAACCUGACCGCAGGGUACCCGUACUCCUCCUCGGCCUCUCCUCCAAACCUGCCCUCCAUGACCCAGUCCGGUUUCUCUCCGGGGAGCUCGCAAGUGUACUGCUCCGGCAACCGGCUGUCUCUGCCGGCCCUGCGCCCGGGCUCCUGCGCCGAGCACACGGAGCAGCUGCUGGGCCUCUCCAGCCCCAUGAACUCCUACAACAACACCUACAUGAGACAAGCCAACUUUGCGUCAGGAUUAGAGCGGUAUAUGUGAGACUUUAUAUACCAAGGAAAAUCCUAAUUAAUUAAAGGUCACUUAAUAGUCCCCUUAAUGAGUCCAUAUGAAAAACACAGGUCUGGUAUCAUGACAUAAAACAGUAUUUUUGGGACACAUAUCCAAACACAAGGCCUAUAUUUUAAAGCUUCUAUUAUGUCAAUCAUUAAACGACAGAUUUAUAAUUUCCUGUAUAAAAUUCGGUGAUUUAUUAUCUUAUCUUGACCGAGCCUCAUGAUAAAACAUUCCUAUUUUAUGAAAGCCAUUUUAGAUCCGUUUGACACAUUCCAUGACUGUAUCUCAGAGAGUUUAAUGUAUUUUAUUGUGCCACAUUUCGUUCACAGUUCCUGUGUUUUACAGUUUGUUUUUACAUAUAUUUGUUAUAUCAUCAAUUCAAGUCUGCUUUUUGUCAUGUAAAUAGUUUGUUGGUGUAUAAAACUAAAGGAUAAGAGUGUUAUGAUUGCUGACGACAG